AUGCAUGGCAUGUCUCCCAUGAAAAGGAUGCAGGGAAGGAGUCCCAACAAUGUAGCAGGUCCUGUUGGUUCAGGAAAUCCAGACUGCUUUGGUGGCAAUCCACAAGGUAAUGACAACGGUGGCCAAGGAGAUCCUGAUGGCACUGAUCCAUGUCCUGGAGGAGGUGGAGGCGGUGGCAAUCCAGAACCAGAACGCAGGUACUUCCGUGCCAAAGCAGAUGCCACAGCCUACCCUACUCUUAGUUCCAACAAGGAGUUUGACACUUGGUAUGAGGCUUUCAUUGUCAUAGCCAGAGCACAAGGCUUCUACAAGGUCUUCGACACUAGCUAUGUUCCCAUGACCACCGAGUACUUUGAGGAACUCCUACGGAUGAACCGGAUGCACAUGCAUCAGUGGCAGGCUCCCUGGACCAUGUUGAGGUCCUCCAUUGGCUUUCAAGUGUCCAGUACAGUCCAAGGCAGGGCUCCGCUGUUGACUUUGUCAUCAAGUUUGACGAGACCAUCACCCACUACAAUGAUGGCCACCAAGAUCCUAGUGACAAGCUCAGCGACAGCAUGCAGAAGCUGUUCCUGCAGCGUGCCUUCACCGAUGUCCAAGUCCUGA